UCGGCGACACUUGACCGGAAGAGUCGCAGAGGAAAAGAAAAACAAAAUGGCAUCGGGCUUGGAUCACGGGCUGAAAAGAAGUGUUUGGAAAAGAAUAAAAGAAACCAUAAUUGAAGACUGCAGAAAGUCAGACUCAUGGAAGAUCUUGAUCCUGGAUCCAUUCACGACCAAACUUCUGUCAUCAUGCUGCAAAAUGUCAGAUCUGAUGGCAGAAAAAAUCACUAUUGUGGAGGACUUGUACAAAAGCCGAGAGCCUGUUUUAGAAAUUAAGGCCAUCUACUUCAUGACACCAACAACUAAGUGUGUGGACGCCUUCAUUCGAGACUUCAAGCCCAAACCCAAAUAUAAAUCAGCGUAUGUUUAUUUCACCGACUACUGUCCCGAUGACCUCUUCAACAACAUGAAGCUCUCAUGUGGAAAGUACAUCCGAGUCUGUAAAGAAAUCCACAUUUCCUUCAUGCCUCAAGAAGCACAAGUAUUCACAUGCAACAACCCUGGAGCCUUCCACAGUAUCUACAGCCCGCACAGCCAGGACAGAAAGAGGACACUGGAGACGCUGGCCGACCAACUGGUGACUCUAUGUGACACCCUGGAUGAGUACCCAGGGGUCAGAUACAAGAAGGACAGCAACAUGGAGAAUGCAAAGAUACUUGCUGAGCUGGUGGACAACAAACUGGCCAAACAUUACGACCUAGACGAGAGUGGGAAGAAAAAGGGAAAGACUCAAGCCCAGCUCUUGAUCCUGGAGCGAGGGUUUGAUCCUGUCAGUCCCAUUUUACAUGAACUCACCUACCAGGCCAUGGCCUACGACCUCGUGGACAUCAAUGAAGACACAUACAAGUAUAAGGCUAAAGACGGAGCAGAGAAACAGGCUCUUCUCAAUGAGGACGACAUGCUGUGGGUUAAGAUUCGGCACAAACACAUCGCAGAAGUCACAGAACUAAUUCCAAAGAUGGUGAAAGAAAUCUCUGCCAGCAAGAAGCAGCCGGAUGCAAAGAUUACAAUUAGUAAUUUGUCCCAGAUGAUGAAGAAGAUGCCUGCAUUCCGUAAACAAAUCACAGAGAAAACGGUCCAUCUACAGUUGGCUGAGGACUGCAUGAGACAGUUUCAGAACAACGUUGAGAAAUUGUGCAAAGCUGAACAGGACCUGGCCGUGGGCUCAGACGUGGAGGGGGUCAAAGUGAAGGACCCUAUGAGGACGCUACUUCCCGUGUUACUCCAUCCCUACAGUAUCCCAGACAAGAUCCGAGCCGUGCUGCUGUAUAUCUUCAGUGUUAACGGAACAACAGAAGAAAACUUGAAUAAACUCAUCCAACAUGUGAAGAUAGAAGACCAAAAGGAAUUUAUCCUGAACUGGAAAGAGCUGGGAGUUCCCAUUAUUACAUCGCCAAGUUUAUUCUCCCGAAAACCAUCCCGGAGAGACCGAUCUCAGGGGGAAACCUAUAACCUGUCGAGAUGGACACCAGUCAUUAAAGACAUCAUGGAGGAUGCGGUGGAGAACAAACUGGACACCAAAGACUGGCCUCAUCAGUCGGAGUGUCCGGCCGCAUGGAAUGGCUCUGGAGCGGUCAGCGCCCGUCAAAAGCACAAGCCGAGCUCCCAGGAUGAGCGGAGGGGCGCCAGGUUGAUCAUCUUUAUCAUCGGAGGGGUCACACACUCAGAGAUGCGCUGUGCCUAUGACGUCACCCAGGCAGUCAAGUCCUGUGAAGUCAUCAUCGGUUCAUCUCAUAUUCUCACACCGACCAGCCUCCUCAAUGACAUCAAGGCUCUGAGCAAAGGCCCUAUGGAGACUUUUAAUAUCGAUGAGCGAAGCAACGCCUGAAAUAACAAGAAGCACCUAACCACAUCCCCAAUGUCCAGUUACUGUUUCUCUGCACACUGCACUGUUGGGAACCAAAGGGUGUGUUCACACUUAGUCCUGGUUUGAGCCCAUUUUAGUCCUGAUGGUGGAUUUGGUUUGAUCCUGUUCUAAUCCUUGUAGGUUGGGUUCACGUGAUAUCACAACAACCCUUUAUUUUAACAUGGAGGUGGAGGACAGGUCAGAAUUCUGUGGUGGAUUUUGCUGUUUAAUCAUCAUAUUACAGAGAUAUUAACCAUAAACCAGGUCAACAUCUGCAAUAACUGGGCCUAUCCACAUGAAACCAAAACUGGCACAAAGUUCAAUGUCUUUUGUCGGCCUAAAUAAGGUGACUUUUUUUCGCAAUGCUGACAUUAUUCAACCCCAAAGAUGUAACUGUUGUCAGUCAAAAGGACUUUAAGACAUGAGAUUAAUAUAUCUGGUUUGUGUACGCAAUCCUUAACAAAUUAUUGAUGCAUUUGAACAUUUGUGGAUCAUAACUUUGGAUAUUUCUUUCAAAAACAGUAAAAGUCCCAUAGAGUUACAUAGCCCUUGCCCGCCGUCUGAGAUUUUGACAUCAAAUUAUAGAACGUGAACGCAAUCUAUUUAGUCAGGGUUUAGUCCAGGUUUAGAUCCAGUUUAGGAAGUGUGAAUGCACUCAAAGACAUAAGGGAAUCCACUAUAUUUAUAUCAUUGUAAUUAUACAUUUUAAUCUUCUCUACAGUUCUUUUAAUGAGGGAAAGUUGCUUCAAUCUGACGUUUAAAUGUUAUAAGAUUUUUUGCUGACUGAACAAAGAAUUAUUUACACGUUAAUACAAAUAACUAGUCGGUAAACUUUUUUCACUGUGUUUAACUUGGGAGACCUUACAAUGUCAUUGUCCACACUGCCUUAGGUGUUUGCCUUUACAAUAAAUAUUUACCUGUGUUAAAUGUAUGAGAUUAAUAACUCUGGCUAUUGUAUAUACCCUAAAUAGCACUGCUUCAGCCAGAGUUUUUGGUUGUUACUGUUUGAUCACAAUAUGUAAUUUUGAAAUGUUUUAACAGAGAAUAUUGACCCUUUUAAAUGUUGAAUUGCAGACUAAUAAAGAAUGAAGUGAUUCAAA